CCCCCUUCGGCCUCAGCUCAACUUCCUGCCUGCUGCCAUAACUUCUCUGUUCACAACACAAGUGUAGGACAGCGUUCAUUCAGCAGAGAGACACAAACACCUGAUGAACACAGAGCUGCCCGGGUCUGGUCAUGACACAGCAGGAGCAGCAGGAGUUCAUGGAGAGCCUGGAGGCGGCCCUCUCCUGGAUGCGGGCCAUCCAGGAGAGGCUGAAGACCAACGACAACACCCAGGGGCCCCUUGAUGCUCUUGAAGCCCGACUCAGGGAGACAGAGAAAAUCCAUCAGUCGGAGCAUGAAGGUCGUGUAAAGUUGGACUUGGCGCUGGUGGCAGCGGAGAACCUUUUGCAGAGCGACGACGAAGAGCUGAGAAAUCAAACCCACGUGAAACUCAAAGACCUGAAGAGCCUGUGGGAGGACACCUGCACCUACAUCAUCCACUGUCACAGUCGGAUUGAGUGGGUGUGGCUGCACUGGAGCGAGUACCUGAAGGCCUACGAGGAGUUUGAGCUGUGGCUGACGAAGCAGCAGCGCAGUCUGGACGUCGGGGUGGAGCUGCAGCUGGGGGUGAAGGAGAAGCUCUGGCAGGUGGACCAGCAGAGAGUGAUGGCGAGCGACAUCCACGGCCAGGCGGCACUGCUGGAGCGGCUGCUGGACGAGGCUGCCGCGCUGCACAACAGAACCCAGGACCCCAGUGUGGAGCCCCAGGCCCAGGAGAGGCUGCAGGAGGCCUACAACGAUGUCAGAGACAGAGCUGAGGAGCGUCUGUCGCUGCUUCAGAAGAUCGCUGAGGAGCACCAGACCUACCAAGGCUGCGCUCAGAGGUUCCAGUUGUGGCUGAUGUCAAAGACCAAGGAGCUGAACGAUCUGAUGGAGAGGAAGGAUACAGCCGAGAACAAGCUCAAAGCCUUACAAGCUCUGGAUGACAGUGUGGCCGGGGAGGAGAAGACCCUGGUGCAUAUCGAGGGCCUGGCAGAGGGUGUGAGGGGUAACACCUCUCCUGGGGGGGCGGAGGUGGUCGUGGAGGAGGCAGAAGAGCUGAGGCUGGGCUGGCAGAGGCUGAGGCAGGGUCUGUUUGAGGUGGAGGACGGCCUGCGCUCCAGCCUGGACUCCCACAGUCAGUACAUGACCCGGUGUCAGCGGCUGGGAGAAGACAUCGGCCGCCUCAGGGGGCUUCUGCUGGGACUGGACCAGGAGCUGGUGGAGGGUCGGGAGUCCAAGGACCGCACAGACCGCACAGAGGAGCAGAUGGUGGGCCAGUGGAGGAAAUACACGGGUGUGAGGAAUGCUCUGGCAGGAGAAGAGUCCCAGGUGGAACUUCUCAAAGCUCAGCUGAAGGAGCUCUUCAGGUUCUCGGAGGACUCGCGACAUCUUUCUGAUGACGUCCUGGCUGUUGUCAAAGAACAUCAGAGUGUGAAGUGCCGAGCGACUCGGCUGUGUUCAGAGUCAGAGUCCGGGCUGAGAAACAUCCUGCAGGACCCUCUGCUGAUCUAUUCUCAGUGGAGCCACAUGGUCUCACAGGUUCUGGAGGCUUCUGCUGACGUCACUGACUUCUCCCACAUCGCUAUGUUGGUGCAGAAUAUAGAGCGUCUGCUGAAGGACAGCGUCCAGCUGCAGGAGCGUUUCGGUCAGCUGCAGGUGAAGGGCGACCUGCUGGACUCCGUGUUUGGUCCUGAGAGGUCGGACGGUCUGCAGGAGGAGCUGACUUCUUCUGUCAGGAACAGAGAGCUGCUGCACAAUCAGCUGCAGCAGAGAAAGAGCAGACUACAGGGCCUAAUCUCAAGAACCAAGGACUUUGGAGAUGCCUCUGAGAUGAUUCGCUCCAAGCUGACCAGCCUCAGGGACCGACUGAUGGCCGUGGACAGGCUCCAGCCUGACAUCCUGGCCAAGAAAUCCCAGUCAGACCAGUUCAGGGUGAUCCUGAAGGACCUGGAGGAAUGUGAUGCCCAAAUCACAGCUCUGGAGACUCUGGUCUCGUCCAGUCAGAGCAACAGGACUCAGUUUGAGAGACUCUGUGCAGACUGGAAACAUCUGCACAAGGAGGUCCGGAGUAAGGUUCACGAGAGUGAAAAGAGCAUUGCUGACCACGAGAGCUUCCAUGAAAGUCUGCUAAACAUCGAGAAGUGGCUGAUGAUCAUGAAGCAGAAGCUGGAGUCCUUCCACAGCCAAUCAGGAGGCUGGAGCAUCGAGGGACGCCAGCACGAGGCUCAGAGAGCUCUGGGAGAGUUUCCAGAGAAGGAGCUCCAGCUGCAGCAGAUGGAGGCUCAGGGUCAGGGCGUUCUGAACAGGACUUCAGAGGCGGGACGAGUCCACAUCAUCCGAGACAUGAAGCGCCUACGAGAGUCCUGGUUGGCCCUUUACAACAUGAGUCUCAAUCUUGACAGGCUGCUAAACAGCUCCAUGGAGUCUGACUCAUGGAGGGCUGGAGGCCUCUCACCACACAACUUAUCCCUGAAAACACAGCUGAGUCUGGGGGGAGGGGUCAAUCAGGUCAUGGCUGGAGGCUCCAGGGUCCAACAACAAGACAAUCCAGCAGAGGUGUACGGUCUCCAGGGCAGCUCGGGGUCUGGGGGAGGAGGAAGCAUGGAGGGACGUGCAGGGGAGAAGGGGCUAAUGGGGCAAGGUGGAUGGAUCCAGGGUCAAAGAGAAGGUGGCCUCCGUCUGGCUGGACAGGGUAGUGAGCAGCUCAGCCAAUCAAGGACAGAUAAAGCUGGCAGCCACUCCUUUACAGGUGAUGAAGUGGAUUCUUCUGCUUGGAGUGUACACAGCAGAGCGGCUCAAGAAGUUUCAACUGCAGGGAGUCCUGACAGGGAUAUACCAGCAGGGGGCGACAGUGGCAUCUUGUCCGGAUUCUCAGGGGGAGCAUCGUUGACCACAAAGGUCAGCGGUGGUGAGGGGGGAAGAAUGAGCUCUGGAGGAAGCAGCAGCAUGGAGGCAGGAGCAUUUAGUCCAGGAGGAGGAGGAGGAGCAUUUGUUCUGUUCAGAAGGGACCAAGCCAAGAAAUCAUCACCACCACCACCUCCACCACCAACAACACAGCAAACAAUGGGGUUGGAGGGGCAGUACAGCUGCAGGAGGUGGGAGUUUGAGGCCUGGCUGUCCAGAGAGAGUGAACUCCUCUCAGGGAUCCUCAGCACAAAGGCAGCAACGCUCAGCGCCAAAGAACUCAAGAUCAGACAGGACAAACUCAAGACUUUGAGGGCAGGAGCAGUCUGGGGUCAGGAGCAGUUCCAGCUGUUGCUUCAGGAGAGGCAGGGAGGUGAGGACGGUUCUGGACCUGCAGAGGACGCAAGUCUGGAAGAACUCCGCUACCGCUGGAUGCUGCACAAGUCCAAGCUGAAGGACAUGGGAGAGCUCAGGACGAGGACCGGUGCUAAGAGACUCAAAGCCAAACAGGAACAGCCAGACGUGGCAUCAAAGGUGGAAAAGAAGCCCGGGUUGUGUCAUCGGGUGUGUCGCCUGGCUCUUCCUCUGUGGCUCCUCUUCCUCGCUCUGCUGCUCCUCGCCUUCCUGCUGCCCCUCAUGGACGAAGGCGGCAGCUGCUCGCUCUCCAACAACUUCGCCAGAUCUUUCAACAUCAUGCUGCGUUACGACGGACCCCCACCCACUUAAGAAACCCCCCUCCCCCCUCUGGUCCUGGAUAACAUGAAGUAAUAUUUAACUUCCAUAGCUUGAGUUUGAAAGGUUUACUUUAUAACUACAUCAUGUAAGACUUUAACAGAAGACAGACAGGACCAUGUGUUCCUUUGCAACAAAAACGUACUCCUUUGCGGUGUCAUUCAAUCAGAAAAAAUCACAACAUUUCAUAUCAUCACUAUCUUUAUGCAACACAAUCAAUGAAGGAAACACGACCUCGAGUAGCACGCACAUCUGCAAACGACACAUCCAACGUUUUCUGGAUCUUUCUGUUUGUUCUGCUUCAACACUUCUGCACCCAAAACAUUUUUAUUUGCAGCUUGAAAAUCUUGAUCCAAACUUAAACUUAAGAAUCAAGAACAAUCAAGACUCCAUCGAACGCAACACUCCUUCAGAGUACGCUAAUGAAACUGUAGAAGCUUUAACGUGUAAACCAAAGUGACCAUUGUCUUCCUGGCGAAAUAUGCUACUAAGCUAAUUCCGCCUAAUUAAAUUAACUUCUCCUGACUUAAAUGUAACACCCUUCAGAGUAAUAAAUGCAGCCCCAUUAAAAGAUAGGCUCCUCGAAAAUAUAUGACGUCAUGUUGGACAAAAAAGUAGCCUACAUUUUAUACAGCGUACCGAACAGAUUACAUAAAAACAUCUGGACAAACGGUGAACUCCGCUAACACACGUGUGGUACAUUCUGAAUGAAUGAAUAAGGAAAUUGAACCGCGUUUCUGGCUCUGUAGGAGGGAGGAGUCAGAGAGAAAGUUUGAAGGUUUCGUUGAAGAAAACCUGCUGCAGUCAAGUCCAGGUUCACAGACUUAGUUACCGUAGUAACUGAGUCAGAGCUUUCACAUUAGACGUUCAUAGCUCCCCCCCUCCCUCGCUGGUCUGAGUUCACAUUAGUCUGAUACAGCAGGGGGCAGUAUGCACAUAGUUGGUUUGCAAAUCUGCCAAGAAGCAGAAAAAAAAGAAGAAACCAUGGCAACCACUCGCAGACUGAGUCCAUCCUGUUAAUUGUGAAUGUUUUUGUUAUUUUUGAGACGCCAACCACGACCCUCUUACCUCUGUUUCUGGAACGAGCUUCCACCUCUUCCAUCAUUUCAGGCUCAUCAUGCUCCAACUUUCUAAAAUACGACUCGCGUCAAAACGAUGCCACAUGACUGACAGAGAGGACAUUUUAUUCAGAGACAAAGUGAAUGAAAAGCAACAAAAUGAGAAAUGUCAAAGUGUCAAAAGUGCUCAAAGGAAGGAGAUUUACAGCAGCUGAUUUCUGCCAUCAGGACAAAAACACACAUGCUGUCAUACUGUCUGAGAAACUUUAUUAUGUUUAUUAUUGCAUUUUUUCCUUGCAUCAAAAACUCAGUUUCAAGAAUAAAUUGAGGUUGUUUUGCAUAAAGCCUUAGUAACCGGAAAACUCUUCGUUAUAAUUACACUCCAACGUAUGCAAUUAGACGAGACGCAGUGUUAUGGAUGUUUAUAUUUUAAUGACAAGAUGACUCGAUACGUCCUCCAUUACUUUUAUGCCUUACCUUUCCUCACUGAGGAUGAUCUUUAAAUCUUUGACUGAUGUUUUUUAAAGUGUCUCUCCCUGCUCGUGUACUGUAGUUAAACACAUGACCUCAGAAAUAACAUGCAACACUCUCAAUAAUAUUUGAGAAGGAUUCAACAGCUUUCAUAUCUGUUAAAUAUUUGCAGAAUGUACUUUGAAGAACCCAGACCCGCCUGACUCUGUCUGAGAAGGUGUGACUCACACGGUUAGCUUUAGACAGUCACUCUUUAUCUCUUUAUUUUUAUCCUGAAUUCAUUGCAGCUAAUCUGCUGAUAUUGACUCAGGAAUAAGGUGUCCGUGAUUUUCAUACCCCCCUCUUGCAGCACUUUUCUUUGUUCCGUCUCAUGAGAGCUUGUUGGCCUUGUUUCCUCUCUGGAGGUGCCGCUUUGGCUCGACCACGGCGAUCCGUCUCUUUCUCAGUCUAAACCUCCAGUGAAAAACAAUUGGAAAGCCGUCUAACAUCCCCCCGUCCCUCCCUCCGGCAUGUUCUUGGACCACCGUGCGCGUUUGAUGCCAAAGCCCGAGCUGUAAACGUUGGCAGUCACCUUCUUUGUGCAAACCCAAAAAUAGCUCCAAAUUGCUCUUUUAUCCUGCAUUCCCACUCUUUUCACACCACGCACACUCCUAAAAAUACACCCAAACACCUCCACGUACACACAUACUUUACCUUUUACGGCGGUUUAUUCUUUAUUUAUGUAUUAUUGACUGUUCACUAUUGUCAGGGGAACCAAAUCAAGUCCGUUUUGAAGCUGUGUUCACGAGCAACAUACCAUGUUCUCCAUUCUGCUCCAGGGUAUGUAGUAAUACGCUCUGAUGCACCGUUAUCACUGUUCAGAAAUAAUCAACCACGCAGGGAAAUAAUGAAGAUAUCUUCAGGUGCCGUCCAAAUAUACUGUUUUUUAUCUACAUGUUAGAACUGUUGCUGCUGUGUCACUUUAAAUACAUCACAUAGGAAGUCCAGAUACUGUCAGGAGGAAUAAGUCCGGACAUCUUCCAAAGUUUCCCCUCACAGUUUUCCUUCCUCAUCAGGACUCGUUUCAUUGGUUAAAGAGCAGAAAGUGACCCCUCCUCUCAUCUUUAGUGCCACAUGGCUCUUUUCAGAAAGAACUUGUUGAUUUGCUGGCAGAAGUCUGUUAAAACUUUAAGCUAGCUUUACAUGAGAGGCUUCAGACACAGUUUGACUGAUGAGGAUCCUGAAAACAAAAACAACAGACGAGAUGUACGUUUAAAGAUACAGACACAAAGAUUAAUUUGCACCCCCUCCAUUAACCCCCCCCACCCCCCACCCCCAAUUGGUCAGAAUAACCAUUAACUCUUAAUGUGUAAAUAUAGAAACUUGUAGCAUGAUUUACUAUCAAAUAUCUACAGUUAUCACGGCCUUAAAGCUUUAUGUAACCAUCCAUGUAAUCAUCUUUCCUCAGUGCCAUUACCACAUGUAUUUAUUCAACAUGUAGCUUUAUAAAGCAUCACAGCCAACAAUCUGUAUAACCGUAUAUAUAACAGUUAUAUAACCAGUUUAAAUAUAAUGUUUUGUGUGUUUGUACUUUAUGAAUCAAUAAUGAGGCUGAGUGGUGCUGCUGUUUGUUGCACUGCUCGUAUGUUCUGCACAUGUUCCCUUUAGAGCAGUGGUUCUCAGCUGGUCGAGCCUCAGGACGCGCCGCCAACUCCUUAUUGAGAAAUCGUGACAUCAUUUCCUGCUAAAUUUUUUACCAAUCAUCUUGAAUUGAUGAACAAUAGUGCAGUUCAGAGCUCAGUGCUGUCACAAAAGACAGAACAAAGAGAUGGAAAUGUUAGGGCAGACUUUUUGGCACUUUCCAGGCACUUAUCUGCGACCUGCUGAAAAAGGCUCCCACUUUAAGUCCUGACCCAUCAGUUGAGAACCGCUGUUUUACAGAAGCCUAUGCAACGCCUGGCUUUACGUUACUGUGUGUCCGUUUGAACCUUUAUGCAACAUAUGAAAUGACUUGAAUCUCCAGAGCACAACUGGUCCCAUAGAUACAGUUUGUGUAGCAAACAUAAAGAAGAAAAGCUGUCCGAUAGUUUGAGCACACUUGUUAUGCAAAAAUGUCCAAAAUGCUCUCAGAAUGAUACGGUACUUGUUAGAAAAACAGCAGAGGUAAUGAUUGAAAAGUGAGAGCUUUGUUUUGUAAAAGGAUAAAAUUCUAUUUUAUUAAUGUCUGAAAACGAUUAGAAGUGCAAUGUGUUAUGCAACAGAGCUUAUAUUUAACCAAUGUUUUUGUAUUCUAAGGAAAUAAAAAUGGCAAUUUAAAUUCUC